AUGGGGGACAUCUCACCAGCUGCUCGCUGCCAGCUGUUUGAGUCCAGCAUGAGGAAUGAAGCAAGAAGGCUGCGGACAUUUCGGCAGUGGCCAGGCACCUCACCCGUAUCUGCACGAGACUUGGUCAAGGCUGGCUUUUUCUUUGUGGGUCCAAGAGAUGAAGUACAGUGUUUCUGCUGUGGUGGUGUCCUGCAGGACUGGGCACCUGGUGAUUGCCCAAUAGCAGAGCACCAGAAGUUCUUCCCCUCCUGCGAAUUCAUUCGUGGUGAGGAUGUUGGGAACCAAGAGAUGCUUCCUCUUCAGGAGAUCUUUGACACUGUGGAUGGGCAGUUCCUCAGUUUUUUGCAGGGGAUAGACAGUGAGGAGACAGCUCUCCCCAAUGAACCAGAAUACCCAGAGAUGGUAACAGAGGAGAUGAGACUGUCUACGUUUCAGAACUGGCCACAGUAUACUGACAUGCAUCCUGAGCAACUGGCUAGAGCAGGAUUCUUUUACACGGGACAAGGUGAUGUAGUGAGGUGUUUUUACUGUGAUGGAGGUGUAAGGAACUGGUCUUUUGGAGAUGAUCCUUGGAGGGAACAUGCCAAAUGGUAUCCAGGGUGUGAAUUUUUACUGAGGUCAAGGGGGAGAGGAUUUGUUAGCAGUGUUCAGGAGACCUUUUCCAGCACCCUGCUGUCUCCAAGAGAUUCCUGGAAUCAGACUGAACAACAUUCCUCUGCUUCCCAAGAUCCUCUGAGGAAUUGGGCAGUGCAGGCUCUUCCUUCUCUGGAUCAGUUUACCACAGUGCAGAAUGUCCUGCAGAUGGGCUUUGACUCCACCUGGGUGAUUAACCUGGUAGAGAAUAGAUACAUUCUGUCUGGGACUUUCUACCUUUCUGAGUCUGAACUGAUUUCUGAUCUGCUUCAGUCAGACUGGGAAGAGAGCAGCAGUGCAGAGGAGAGCAGAGAUGCUGCUCAGAGAGAGAGUGAAACGUCACGUUCAAGAGAAGAAGUGCAAUCUGUGCAACAAAAGGAAUCAGCUGAGUCUGGGAUGAGCACAGAAGAACAGCUCCGCCGCCUGCAAGAGGAGAGGAUGUGCAAAGUGUGCAUGGACAGAGAUGUGUCUGUUGUGUUUGUUCCUUGUGGCCACCUGGUAGCUUGUGGAGAAUGUGCUCUCAAUUUGAGGUUGUGUCCUAUCUGCAGAGCACUCAUCCGUGGAACUGUGAGAACUUUCAUGUCCUGA